GAGUUUUGGAUUUGGUGGUGGGAAUUUCGACAUUACUAGGUCAGUUCGUGUUAUGCAAAAUGGUGCAAUCUAACCAUAGUAUCUUACCUAUUAUUUCUGCUUGUGAUGAGUCUUCUACAGAGCAAAAAGCGAAAAAAGAUCAUUUCCUUUCAUUGCGUAAUAUCUCUCACAUUUGUUUCAUAUCAGUGAUUGUUCUGAAGUUAUAUGGAGAGUAUUUCACUAGUACAUGAGACAUCUUGAAAAUCAGUUCUUAUAGAUAUUGUUUUGGCGUCAUGGGGAUACAUUACGGUCCUCUUCAUGAAUUCAGAGAUACAGACAAGUGAUUUCAAUACUUCCCAGUUAGCAUUAACCGGGACCCUAGAGGCAGUCUCGUAGCCCUCCUGGCAGUUUCGUGAACACAUAAUUUUCUUCGAAGUAGCCUAAAGUGCUUCGGGUGCCUCGAGGGUCCCCUGAUCUUAUGCUAACUGGGCUUGAGCUGUGCUUAUUUAAUACUGUUGUAGGUUUUUUCGAUCUCUCAUACCGGAAGAUUUGCAUUCCCUUAUCCGUCGUUUCACUCUCACAUCUAUGUUUAGUUCAAUACUCUUUAUGGAACCAGGGUUUUUAUAAUGUGUAAGCUUUUAUUUUUUCGACAGUAACGUUUACAGUUUCCUAUUGCAGCCUUCUAGCUCUGUAUCAAGUCUACCACUGAAUUUGUGGUAUAUUUUCAUCUCCGAUUGCUCUUUAAAACUGUUAUCGAUAUUUAUUAAAAGCGUAUCUUUGUUGUGCCUGUCUAAAACACUUGAUUGCUACUCUAUGGUAGGUUGGUUUAAUCUAUCCGUAUGAUAUUCCUGGUACUCUUUAUGGGUUGACAGUUCGAGAUAUUGAAUAUUUUAUCUUUUUCUUAUUUUCACGUUACCCAGUUUCAUUGGACACUGUUAGUCACGCAGGGUUUUUAGUUAUUCAAAACUCGGAAAUGCCAUUGGCUUCAGGGUUGCUUUAACUACAUCUCAAAUAUAUCGUAUUUGCAUAAACAACAUGAGGCUUAAUAUCUUCAUUACUGGACGAGUGUGUUGAUACCAUAAAGAACAGGGUAUUCGUAAAGUGAUACUUAAUAAGUCAAUGGCAUUCACAUUUAUGUGGGAUCAAUGGAUAUUUAUACGUCUCUACCCGUUAAAAACUUAUGAUAAUAAGCCGUCUGUGACUUUUUUUCGAAAGACCUGUUCGCCAAAUCCCCUUCAUUUGUCGGAUUAUGUAGCCUUAGUUCAUCCACCGUUGUACUUUUACCUUAUAAUUUGUGUCUUGAUGUGCUAAUAACCUAUUUGUGUAUAGACUUCGUCACUGCGUUAAAACGUAAGAACCUGUAGUUUUUUACAAAAAGUGAAGGUAGUAUCAUGUCAACUUGAAAAGAUAUGGUCUUCGUGAACUCAAUAUUGUUGUAUUAUCUUCUCUAUAGUAUCAAAAAAUCAAACAUACAGAACUCAGUAGAGAAAAUAUUUUCGAAAGAAUCAUAGAGUGGGUUUCAUUCUGUAGCUUAUCGACUCAGUACACUGCAUUACUCAUCUGAAAGCACCUCUGGUUUUCCCUUAACUUAGUACUACUCAGUCAAUGGUUCUACGACCUACAACUCUGUAAUCAACUUUUAGCUCGUAUUUACAUUAAACUACUUUCUGCGUAGAGUCUAGUUAUGGUUACUCACUGUGAAAUCUAAGUAAAGUGGGUUUUAGACUUAUUACCAACUGGUUACAACCAGAAUGGUCAAACUUCUAAGUCACCACUCUUUCCAAGUUAUUAGUGAGUAACGGCGCUGUUGCACAUCAUAAUUAAGUUCAUUUGGAAAGAGUUCUCAUUAAUAUCGGAUGGGAUGGCGAAGAUUUAUUGACUUUAAGAAACUUCAUGAGAGAAAAUUUUUAAAUGGCUUUAAAAACUUUUCCAUAGAGAAAGUGGACUAGAACUCUCGUUAUAGUAGUCAAUCUUAACCCGUAUGUUGGGGUAAUGGUUGUCAAUCUGACCGUAAUAUAUACUCUACAAACUACAGUUCCAUUGCUGUAAUGUGGUUAAAUAAUGGUCUCAGGUAAUCCAGAAUUGUUUAAUAAAUUCUUUCCUGCUACAUGUCAAUUAGUAAAGUAGUAAGAUUCAAGAACUUUUAUGACCUUAACUAAUGUAAUGCUUGUAGACGGAAUGUUGUUAUUGUGUGUUUUCUUCACUCUUAUACAACCAAUCGGCCUAGGUUGUGUUUCGACGGUCGUUUGAUUUCCAUAACUGAUUGAGUUAAGGUGUGUUAUUUAAAAAAAUUUCUAAGUCCUUAAUCCAGUGAAAUAAUUUGUCAGUUUAUGAUACAACUACUUGAUAUCAUUCAAGUUAUCUACAUAAAAUAGUACUGAUUUCUUGUGUGCUAGCAACGAUUAUUACAUACACUUCAAAAUUUGCACUAGCGGUAAACUUGACAGUAUUGACUUUCGUCAUUAAAACAGUCGGUCAAAAAACUUGACACGAAUAAAAAAGUAGCAUUUUAAAGUUUUCUAACCAAGCAUUUAGUGGUCUCUUCAUGGCGUUGAGGUCAUUCACACCCAAAUACAUUUUAUGACUAUAGAAUCAAGAUAGAGAUAAUUUUCGUUACUUCUUGUCAGUCUAAUAACCUUACUGUUAGAUAUAUGAGGUUUAGAGCACACAACAUCUUCCGCUAGCUGGUUGUUGUGUAAAUGCCCGUACGUUCUAGUCACUGCCUUCUCGUGGUGCGAAAUUGAGAGGGCGAAAAGCCGGCACUUUAUAUGAGUUGGUGGAUACGGAGGACCCACUUAGGGGAGUUAGAAAACUCUGAUUCCAAACCAAUGGUGUACAUGAGCUCCGGGAUCAUAAGGAAGCAAAUGGCGUACGAACCUAUUGUUGGUCACAGGCUACCAUGGGACUGCAUCUGCUUACGUUGCUCCACUGCCUUAUGGAUUAGACCUUUAGGUCUAAGGCUCGGGGUGUAGCCCCCUAAGAAAGCCACCUGCUUCAGUUUGGGCACCCGAGCAAUAAUCCAGCUCUUGCACAAAUUAAGUUAUUUGUGUGGCGCAUAUACAUGUGGUGACUCCUUGUACCAAUGUUUAUAUGCUUAUAUAAACAAAUAAACAUUCUAGUCAUGUUUGUCCAACUUUUCAUACAUUCUGGUAUCCAUUUUACGCCAUUUUCGUUUCAGGGUUCAUUACUCUGUUUUUUGGAAUAUAUAUUUUUAUUCCUAAGACACAUACCACCUGGGAUUCUGUGGAUAUAUUUCCUGGUAGAAUUAAAUUGGAAACUACAGGGCAUCUUAGCUGGGAGAAUAUUUGUAUGCUUAUUAUACUGUAUUUUAAAAGUUUGUAUUAUACUUUCAUUAUGUAAAGAGUUUAUGAAAUUUUCACGUUCGAUUAUAUGUACAAAACCAUAUACAGUUGAAAUGCAGGCGCCAUCGAAUGAAGUUUGUAAUAUGUGCCUUGAAUCUUAUACUCAUGUUGGCAUUUUGUCUUGUAAUCAUAAAUUUUGUGCUAAAUGCACAACACGUUGGUUUAAUACAUUUACUAAUUGCCCGUCAUGUAAUCCAGAAUGUGGUGAAAAUUCAAGAUGGCGGAGUGGAUCGAUGGAUUUAUUUAUUCAAUUUUAUUAAAACUCAGUGGUAUCCUUCUUUUGUGUAUUAGUUUACUAAUUUUCCUUGUCAGCUAUUCUUGUUAAAUGAUUAAGAAUAAUGUUCCAAAGACCUGUUUGUAUUUUUCUUCCUGUGUACUUAUUUAUUUGGAGUAGAAGAAUAAUUAAUUGUAAUUGGCUGUGAAAAAAGUUGUAUGUGUCUUGUCUAUUUUAUAAAAUUGUUGUAGAUGAUAACCUGUAAAUUAACUUUUAUUUUUUGGAAGAAAAAAUGAACCGAACAUUUUUUGUGUCCUGUUCGUCUAAUAAUUGUUGACAGUAUUAUCAAUUAUUUCCCGAUGUUCGUUUACAAAUUCCCUUUUAAAGUUGUUUUAUAACUUUUUUAUCAAUAAAUAAUUAGACCUUA